UCGCGAAACCGGAAGCGUUGGACCAUUAUAAAGAGGUUCCGGAUUUCUCAGCCCGUAGCACUUUUCGUUCGUCGCUUUCGCUCUCGGUUUCAUCUUCUUCCCCAAAUCCCUUCGAAGCUUUCGUUUUGUUUGAGAAUGGAUUCCUUCUUUCAAUCCCAGGCCGGGUUUGGAACCAACUGGAGCUACGAAUCGCUGAAGAAUUUCAGGCAGAUCUCUCCCACCGUCCAGAAUCACCUCAAGCUGGUUUACCUGACACUAUGUUGCGCACUAGCUGCUUCUGCGGCUGGAGCAUUCUUUCACGUUUUGUGGGGCAUUGGUGGCUUCUUGACUACGCUUGGAUGCUUCAUAAGCAUCGCAUGGUUAUUUUCUUCACCCCCAAAUGAGGAAAGAAAGAGAUUUGGACUUCUGAUGGCUUCUUCCUUCUUUCAAGGGGCUUCUGUGGGUCCUCUCAUUGAGCUAACCAUUGACUUUGAUUCAAGCAUACUUCUAACUGCAUUUGUGGGGACCGCUCUGGCCUUCGGAUGUUUUUCUGGAGCAGCCAUUGUAGCCAAGCGGCGUGAGUACCUUUACUUGGGUGGCUUGCUUGCUUCUGGCCUUUCAAUCCUCUUCUGGUUGCAGUUGGCAGCAUCCAUCUUUGGCCACUCUGCUGCUACAUUCAAGGUUGAGCUUUACUUUGGACUGUUGCUAUUCCUGGGAUAUGUAGUCUUUGACACCCAGGAGAUCAUUGAGAGAGCACACCUUGGAGACCUGGAUUAUAUCAAACAUGCCCUGACGCUCUUUACGGACUUUGUUGCAGUUCUUGUUCGUAUUCUCAUCAUCAUGCUGAAGAAUGCAUCUGAGAAGUCUGAAGAUAAGAAAAGAAAGAAGAGAUCAUAAAGGUUGCCACAGAAUGAAACCAGAUAUCAUAAACCUAGUUGCUAUGGCAUCAUGAAUGCAUAGCAUUGCCUCUACGUUUUUCUCUUCUCUAUGAAAACGGUAACCGUAUGCUAUAACAACAAAAUUUGGUCAAGUUUAUUUCUUUUUCUUGGAAGUAUAGUUUGUUUUCACAGCCGGUGUGUCGCCUGCUCAUGUCUGGAAGGGACAUCUAUGUUUGGUUUUGGUUUUGGUUUUGGUUUUGAUCUUGCCAAUAUAGAAACUUGUUUGGGAAGGGAAAAAAAAGUAUAAAUCAGAAGUUGCACUGCUGCCCUGCUUUGUGA